CAACAAAAUUCAAUUCUAACAAGUAAUUUACAUAAGCAGAAUCAUUAAAGAAGAGCAACAUGAAAACUCUGCACUUCCUUGUAAGCAUCUUGGCUUUGGCAUCAUGUGUUGCCUUUGCUUAUGACCCCAGUCCUCUCCAAGACUUUUGUGUUGCAAUCAAAGACCCCAAAGAUGGUGUAUUUGUGAAUGGAAAAUUCUGUAAAGACCCUAUACUUGUUAAUGCUGAAGAUUUCUUCAAACAUGUGGAACCUGGGAAUGCCUCUAAUCCAUUAGGCUCUCAAGUGACUCCUGUUACUGUAGACCAAUUAUUCGGACUAAACACACUUGGCAUAUCUUUGGCUCGCAUAGAUUUUGCACCAAAGGGUUUAAAUCCACCCCACAUUCACCCUCGUGGCACAGAGUUCCUUAUAGUCGUCGAAGGCACUCUUUAUGUUGGAUUUGUCACGUCUAAUCAAGACAACAAUCGUCUCUUCAGCAAAGUUCUCAACAAGGGUGAUGUGUUUGUGUUCCCAAUUGGUCUCAUUCAUUUUCAACUAAAUGUGGGAUAUGGCAACGCUGUUGCCAUUGCUGGACUUAGCAGUCAAAAUCCUGGAGUUAUCACUAUUGCAAAUGCCUUGUUCAAAUCUAAUCCACCUAUUUCUGACGAGGUUCUUACUAAAGCUUUCCAAGUGGAUAAGAGCAUAAUUGAUUAUCUUCAAAAGCAGUCUUGGUAUGACAACAACUAGUUUGAGAACAUGAUUUGUCUGCAUACCAAUAUUUAUUGUAAUAAAUAAAGUUCAUAUAAAUUAUAUUUAAAUACAUAUGUUUUAUUUGGAGUUUAAUUAAGUUGACUACUAUAUUGUUGUUGUGACUUUUGUAAAAUAAUCAUUCUUAUCAUUAUUCUUGAGUGA